CUUCAGAUGCGCCGGCGUCUUGCUGCUGCUGCUGCUCCCAGCGAAGCUCGACGAGAGCGCUGCUUCGGACGGGGCAGCGCUCUUCCCGAGUGGGCUAGCGGCGAUGCUCCUCCGCAGGCCAUCCUGGGGCCAUCUGUUUGUCAGGUGCCAGUGACCUUCAGAGACGUGGCCGUGUACUUCUGCAGGGAAGAAUGGGAGUGUCUCAGUCCUAGCCAGAGGACCCUCUACCGGGAUGUGAUGCUGGAGAACUUCAGGAACUUGAAUGAACUGGGAUGCUGUAGCCGGAGACCAGGCCUUAUUUCCCGUCUGGAACAAUGGGAUGAGCCAUGGGUUGAUGACUGGGACAGAUCUGAGUUUCCAGAAGGACAAAAAAGUUUCUGCCCAGGAGGCAGAAAGGUGGCUUCAGCUCCUGGGAGGACCCAUUCACGGAUAGGAGCCAGGAGAGGGGCCACCUUGAGGAAGCAUGGCCUGACUUCCGGUAAGGUGCGCCUUCCCAGAGCUACCUCUGGGAGAGUGGAUAAAAAGGAAGCUCUCCAGAACCGGAUGUGUGGGAAAUCCCGCAGGAAGCAGCCAGACCUCAAGGAGCAGGGCCGGAGCGGCCCGGAGGGACAGCCAUUUAUCUGUGGCAUCUGUGGGAAGGCCCUGAGCUGCCACAGCCGGCUGGCCGCUCACCAGACAGUCCACACGGGAACCAGGUCCUUUGAGUGCCUCGAGUGUGGCCGGACGUUCCGCUGGGCUUCAAACCUUCUGCGCCACCAGAGGAAUCACACGAGCGAGAAGCCGUUCUGCUGUGAGCUCUGCGGGCAGGCCUUCAGCCUGAAGGACCGCCUGGCGCAGCAUCGCAAAAUCCACACCGAACACCGGCCCUACGAAUGCAGUGACUGCGGGAAGGCCUUCAAGCAGAAGUCCAACCUCCUGCGGCACAAGCUCGUUCACACCGGGGAGAAGCCGUUCUGCUGCCACACCUGCGGCAAGGCCUUUCGGACUAAGGAGAACCUCAGCCACCACCAGCGGAUUCACAGCGGGGAGAAACCCUACGCCUGCGGGACGUGCGGCAAGGCCUUCAGGUGGCCUAAGGGCUUCAGCAUCCACCAGAAGCUGCACUUGACCAAGAAGUUCUAUCAGUGUGAGCAGUGCGGAAAGGGCUUCCGCCACCUGGGCUUCUUCACGCGACAUCAGACAACUCACGGGCGAGGAGAAGUAUAGCGCCUCCUGUGGGCAUCUUCCCUGUUCUCGGCCUCCCUCUGGGAAGACCGCAGCAGGUGCUCUCAAGCCGAGGCAACAUACACAACCCAGGACCUGCAGUUUUCACUCUCUGCACGUCUCCGAGGAAGUUCUGACUCUGGGGAGGGAUCCGUUCCUUUGGUGCUCCUUGCCUCUGGCUGUGUUGGCUAAGGGAUGUGCCCCGUCCUGAGUGUCACUCUUACGCACUUUAAAUCUUCUCUCUCCUAGCUCUUCCGCCCCGUCCUCCUGUCCUUCGGGAGGGAGGUUUGAGGCUCCAGCAGAAGCAGAGCUUUACUGUUGGAGCUGACACAAGGGCAAAGCCUGAUAAUCGAGUUUGAUUCCCAGGGAUCUAUAUGGUGGGAAGAGAGAGCCGAAUGCUCUAAGCUGCCCUCUGAC